UUAUAUCUAUACCCUUCGUCGAGUUCGAUUUUAUGCUCGGAGGGUCCUUUCCUCCUCCCGAAUUUGCAGGAAAAAAAACUGAAAAGCGUCGUCUUCAACUUCAAGUGAACCAGAAUUGAGCUCGGAUUUCUCAGCCAUGGCUCUCAAUCUUCGUCAAAGGCAAGCAGAAUGUAUUAUUCGUAUGUUGAAUCUGAACCAACCCGUUAACGCGACGGGUACGGCAAACGAAGAUGUGUACAAGAUCUUGAUCUAUGAUAGAUUUUGCCAAAACAUCCUUUCGCCUCUGAUUCAUGUUAAGGAUCUUCGCAAACACGGUGUGACCCUCUACUUCCUCAUUGACAAGGACCGAAAACCGGUUCUGGAUGUUCCUGCCGUUUACUUUGUUCAACCCACCCCGCCCAACAUCCAGCGGAUCAUUGCCGACGCUUCUCGCUCGCUCUACGAUACCUUCCACCUCAAUUUCUCAUCGUCGAUUCCCCGUCCGCUGCUCGAGGAUCUAGCUUCCGGGACUCUGAAUUCGGAUUCGAUUAGCAGGAUAGCUAAGGUGCAUGAUCAGUAUUUGGAGUUUGUAACAUUGGAGGAUAACUUGUUUUCAUUGGCACAGAAGUCCAGUUAUGUGCAGCUGAAUGAUCCGUCCGCAGGGGACCGUGAAAUUGAGGAGAUAAUUGAGAAGAUUGUUGGUGGGUUGUUCUGUGUUUUGGCCACUCUUGCAGUGGUGCCGAUUAUUAGGUGUCCGCGUGGUGGUCCUGCAGAGAUGGUAGCAUCAGCAUUAGACCAGCGAUUGCGUGAUCACUUGUUGUCAAAAAACAAUUUGUUUACAGAAGGUGGGAAUUUUGUUAGCUCUUUCCAGCGCCCAAUUUUGUGUAUAUUUGAUCGGAACUUUGAGUUAUCUGUGGGCAUACAGCAUGAUUUUAGGUACCGACCUUUGGUGCAUGAUAUUCUUGGAUUGAAGCUAAAUAGGUUGACAGUGCCGGGUGAAAAGGGUGGAACGAAAUCGUAUGAAUUAGAUGGUUCAGAUCCAUUUUGGGUAGCUAAUGGAUCUUUGGAAUUUCCUGAAGUUGCGGUGGAGAUUGAGACCCAACUGAAUAAGUAUAAGAAGGAUGUUGAUGAUGUCAAUAGGAGAACUGGCGGAACUGAUGGAGCUGAAUUUGAGGGCACUGACUUGAUUGGAAACACCAAGCAUUUAAUGAAUGCAGUGAACUCACUUCCGGAGUUGACUGAGAGGAAACAGGUGAUUGAUAAGCACACAAACAUUGCAACUGUGUUGUUGGGUGAGAUCAAGGAGAGGUCUCUUGAUUCUUAUGCGAAAAAGGAGAAUGACAUGAUCAUCAGAGGGGGAAUUGAUCGCAAUGAUCUUUUAGGUGUUCUUAGAGGAAAAGGGACUAAGAUGGAUAAGUUGAGGUUUGCCAUCAUGUAUCUUAUUUCUUCAGAAAGCAUUAAUCAGGCAGAAGUAGAGGCUGUGGAAGCAGCCCUCAGGGAGUCCGAGGUCGACACCAGUGCUUUUCAGUAUGUGAAGAAGAUUAAAUCACUGAAUGUCUCGCUGGCACAUGCCAACUCUGCUAGCCGAAGCAACAUUGUCGAUUGGGCUGAGAAACUCUAUGGGCAGUCAAUUAGUGCUGUGACAGCAGGAGUGAAGAAUCUUUUGUCAAAUGAUAGGCAGUUAGCAUUGACAAGAACAGUGGAGGCCUUGAUGGAGGGGAAGCCGAACCCAGAAGUUGACUCUUAUCUAGUUUUCGACCCUCGUGCUCCUAAAUCCGGAUCUGGUAGCAGCCACUUGAAAGGACCUUUUAAGGAAGCCAUUGUAUUCAUGAUUGGUGGUGGUAAUUAUGUGGAAUAUGGGAGCCUGCAAGAGCUUGUUCAGCGUCAGCAGCCUUUGAAGCAUGUAAUAUAUGGAACAACAGAAAUACUAACUGGGGUCGAGUUUGUGGAGCAGCUUUCACUUUUGGGUCAGAAAAUGGGUUUGGGCGGUGCUCCUGCUCCUGCUUCUGCUCCUGCUGCUUCAACACAUUAAUAUACGUCGAUAUUAUAUAUAGAGUCUGAUGAAUCCUACAAUUUGACGAUCAUGCUAAAAGGGUUGAUCAUCUGAAGUUCAGAUAUUCUAUGGGAAAAUCUAUGUAGAUUUGAUCGUCGUUGUUACUUGGUGAUACAGGGAGGAUGUGUUCCUUUCUUGUUUCGAAGGCCUGCAUGAUUGUUCUUGGAUGAGAUUGCUGUCUGAGACGACAUAGAGGAGUAACCAUUUGAAUUUUGUAAUCGAGCAGUUUUCGGGUUUUUGGAUACUUCAUGCUUGUAUUUUGUCUGAGUUUCUGUUGUUGGAAAUUUACUGUCUUUCCCUGUUCUUUGAUUUAAUUAAAAGCUUAAUAUGAGUGUCCUAUUACCUGGAUGUCAAGUUAAUAUCUGUCUUGAUCAAUUAUUACUGUUAUUGGAAAUACGUGGGUUGUUACCUUGUAACUUGCAAAGUGACUGUCACUAUUUGUCCGUAGUUACAGCAACUUCAUUCAAACUUCACCGAGGAUGCUGACAAAAUGUUGUUCCGAGUCUUUUGACAUUUGUUUGUAACUUUCUGUUUUGUGAAUCUUGGCAUUCAAGACUUUCAUGCAUAAUAUGAUAUGAU